AUGGCCAAGCACCAUCCAGACUUGAUCAUGUGCAUGAAGCAGCCCGGCAUAGCCAUCGGCCGCCUGUGUGAGAAAUGCGACGGCAAGUGCCCCAUCUGCGACUCUUACGUGCGGCCAGCUACCCUUGUGCGGGUCUGCGAUGAGUGCAAUUAUGGCAGCUACGAGGGCCGCUGCGUCAUCUGCGGGGGCGUGGGCGUGAGCGACGCCUACUACUGCAAGGAGUGCACCCUCCAGGAAAAGGACAUCAUCAACCUGGGGUCCGCAAAAACAGACCUGUUCUACCACCGGAAGGCGUACGGCUUCAACGCACACUGA